AUCCUGAUUCCUUGUGCUCGAGGGUUUUGAAGGGAAGAUAUUUCCCUAACUCGUCUUUCUGGGAGGCUGCUCAACCGAAAUCGUUGUCUUUCACUUGGCGAAGCUUGCUGUUUGGGUGAGAACUGCUGGCAAAGGGAGUGAGAUGCCACUGUUAGCUGCCUGAUGAACGAGGAUGCCAGAUGUUGGGAUGGAGAUUUGAUAAGAUCCCUCUUCCCUGUGGACAUUGCAAAGGAGAUUCUACAGAUUCCUAUUAGUAGACAUGGUGAUGCUGACUUCGCUUCUUGGCCACAUGAAAAACUGGGUUUAUACUCUGUGCGUUCGGCUUACAAUAUGGUGCGAUCAGAAGCUUUCUUUGCAGAUCAGAGCAAUAGUGGGAGAGGAAUGGCGUCGAGACUGCUGGAGAGCCAAAAGGAUUGGAAGGGCUUGUGGAAAAUCAAUGCGCCGGGAAAGAUGAAAAUUAUUCUCUGGCGUGCUGCUCAUGAAUGCUUGGCGACUGGGUUUCAACUUCCACGGCGGCAUAUCCCCUCUACUGAUGGCUGUGUUUUUUGCAACAGAGAUGACACAGUGGAACAUGUCUUCCUGUUCUGCCCCUUUGCUGCUCAAAUCUGGGAGGAAAUCAAAAGAAAGUGUGCUGUCAAACUAGGAAGAAAUGGGUUCUCAACCAUGAGGCAUUGGAUCUUUGAUUUCCUGAAACGGGGAUCCAGCCAUACAAACACCCUUUUGGCUGUCACCUUUUGGCACAUCUGGGAAGCAAGGAACAAUACAAAGAACAACAAUGGCACAGUGCACCCCCAACGUGUUGUCAUCAAAAUUUUGUCUUAUGUCGACAUGAUUCUAAAGCACAAUACGAAGACGGUGGAUGGCCAGCGGGGUGAAAACACUCAAGCCAUACCUAGAUGGCAGCCACUGCCGGCCGGUGUAUGGAUGAUCAAUUCUGAUGCUGCGAUUUUCAGCUCGUCCAGGACUAUGGGGGUCGGGGCUUUGAUUCGUGAUAAUACAGGGAAAUGCCUGGUUGCUUGCUCGGAGAUGAUCAGCGAUGUGGUGCUACCUGAGCUUGCAGAAGCGCUGGCGAUUAGGCGGGCACUGGGUCUAGCAAAGGAAGAGGGCCUGCAACACAUUGUCAUGGCAUCUGAUUGUCUUACUGUAAUCAGACGCAUCCAAACUUCAGGAAGGGAUCGCUCAGGAGUGGGAUGCGUGAUUGAAGAUAUCAAGAAGUUGGCGUCCACCUUUGUUUUAUGCUCUUUUAUGCAUGUUAACCGGUUGUCCAAUUUGGCGGCUCAUUCUCUAGCUCGGAAUGCCGAGCUGUCUACCUGUACUGUGUACCGUUCUGUAAUACCGGAUUAUAUCCGGGACAUACUUUGUGAUGAUGUUGCUUAAUCAAUGAAUGGCAUGCCGCCCUUGUCUCAAAAAAAAAAAA